AGCUUGCCAUGGCGAUGGGCAGCGGCGAUGCAGGCUCGGAGCAGGAGGACGCAGUGCUGUUCCCAGAGUGAUGAUUCUGACAUUUGGGAUGAUACGGCAUUGAUAAAAGCUUAUGAUAAAGCGGUAGCUUCCUUUAAGCAUGCUCUAAAGAAUGGUGACAUUUGUGAAACUUCAGAUAAGCCAAAAGGCACAGCCAAAAGAAAACCUGAUAAGAAGAAUAAAAACCAAAGGAAGAAUACCAUGGCUCCCUUGAAACAGCGGGAAGUUGGUGACAAAUGUUCUGCCAUUUGGUCAGAAGACGGCUGUGUUUACCCAGCUACAGUUACUUCCAUUGAUUUCAAGACAGAAACCUGUGUUGUGGUUUAUUCUGGAUAUGGAAACAGAAAGGAGCAAAAUCUGUCUGAUCUCCUUUCCCCAACCUGUGAAGUAGCUAAUCAUGCAGAACAGAGCACUCAGGAGAAUGAAAGUCAAGCUUCAACAGACAGCAGUGAAAACUCGUCCAGAUCUCUUGGAAGUAAAUCACACAGCAAGACCAAAGCUGCAGCAUGAAACUCAUUUCUCCAUCCACCACCCCCAAUGCCAGGGUCAGGAUUGGGACCAGGAAAGGGUUUCAGACAAAAUAAAAAGGAAGGAAAGCUCUCACAUACAAAUUAAACAGUUCCGCUCUCUGCCAAGGAGAUGGUAUGUUGGUGUCCCUGGUUGAUAUGAACAGACGUCUCAUCGUCAUCUUGGGGACUCUUGGCUAAGUGAUGUCAUCACCAUUGUUUUCCCGUUCUGGGUCCGGGCCUAACUCACCAAUGGGGUGUGUUUAGAGCACAAU